CAAAAUUAAUAUCUACCGCAAAACAGAAUGAAAUGUAUCCGUUUAUUGAUCUAGCAAGAUAUGCACAACAAACAUUAAAACAUAACCUUAUUCAGCAAUUUAUUAUUUCAAAAACACCAAAAAUGCCUAUAAAUUUUAAAGCUACUGCUUUACAAUUAAAAAUUCCAAAACUUUUAAAUGAUCAAAAUAAUUCAACAUCAAUCAAAUUAAUUUCUAAAUCCGAAAAUGAUUUAUCAGUACCACGAUCUUUUCCAACAAUCCAAGAACUUUUUCAACAACAAGCAAAGAAACUACCAAAUCAUUUAGCAUUAUACACGGGUGAACUUGAAUUAUCAAUGACAUAUGAACAAUUAGAUAAGAAGAGUAAUAAAAUUGCUCGAUAUCUUUCUCAAAUUGGGGUUAAAGUAGAAACUCUAGUUGCGCUUCAUUUAAAUCAAGACAUGUAUAUGAUUCCUUGGAUAUUAGGCAUUCUUAAAGCUGGCGGCGCCUAUAUUCCGAUUGACAAAACAUAUCCAGCUGAAAGAAAGAAUUAUAUAAUUAAAGAUUCUGAA